GACAUGCAUAUCUUAUAUAUUAUAUAAGAUAUCUUAUAUAUUAUAGGAGAUAUCUUGAAAUUCGAAUAAAUAGUAAAACAGCUUGCCAUAGAAAACAGUCAAAUGAGUACACCUAAGGCUCUUGAAUGAUAAAAAUGAUAAAUUUAUUACACCAGGAUUUUUUGUAUGCCCUGCCAUCAGGCUAUCCAGGCAUUAAAAGUAUUUCCCUUGCUAUCAAAAACUAAAGUUAAUAAGCAUUUAUAAAUGAUUUGACAUUGUAAUAUUUUGAUAUUUUGUUAGGUACCAUUAAUCAAUUUUCAAUUUCACUUUUUAUGUUGCUAAGUUAUGCCUUUUUAAAGUAUGAAAUGGUUCAAAUUUUUGUUUCCUUUGGAUUACCUAAGUUUGACUCAACCUAAAAUAUGUCAUCUUUACCAAGAAAACAACAAAGUUUUAGGGUAUAAAAUGGACAUAUAGGAAUCCCCGUGUGUCUCUUCAUGUGUCAUGUAAGCACAGCUCUGAAACUGCUACAUGUAGAUCCAUAUUUAUGAAACUUUACCCAGUUGCAGUACACAAUAUGAGCAUAUGCAAAUAAUACUGAUUUGUUGAGUUGUGUUUUACAUUCAUUUAUGAUUCUUGUUUUAGUAUUACCUGAAGCCUUAAACAUGUGACCUAUUUUGCAGAACACAAAAAUGAGGCGUUUUCUGAGUGAAAUUUAAUACCCACUUGAGUUAGUACUAUAAAAGUGUGAACUGAAAAAAGUCUUUCUCAUUCUUCAUUUUGCAAAACAUAGCAUAGUUUUUCUCACACUUCAUUUCAAAAUGCUCAAGGGAUUCAUUAUUUACUUUACCAUUUUGCAGGUAGGCUAUUCUUUGUAAUUUUUUUUCAAUUAGAACAAUGAAGUAAAGGCAAAAAUUAUUUAAUAUUUGAAUCAUUUCUGUUCCAAUUUGAAUUAAUUUAUGACAUUCAAAACCAAAAAUUAAGGAUGUUCUUUGGUGAGCUUUUGGUAAUUUUUGUCAAAUGUUCGGACUCCUUGGGUUUUUUCCUUUGAUUCAGGGUUAAAUAAUUUGUCCCAUAACAUCCACUUUUCUUUUCAUAGAAAACUUCAAAUAGCUUAUCAAAGGUCAUUAACAAAAUUUAAGCAGAUUGUUGAUUUCCUUUCUUACAAUUUGAGACCCAAUUAAUGCCAAUGCUAAAUAUAAGGUAAUAGUCAGAGAAAUCCCUUUCCCGCCAUUUUUUAAACAUCAAAUAUCUCGAAAAGGAGUUCCAUAACCCCUAUCACUAUUUUCAGCUUAUUUUGUUCUUUACUAAUGUUCUAAUGAUUUAUUGUAUCAAUUUUAAAUUGUAGAUUUUCUUUAAAAAAAAUAUUAUCAAAGCACAAUUCAUUUUCUAUUCAUUAGUAUCUUCACAAGCAGAGUAUGUUAAAGGUUUCUUUUAUUUAUAUUAUACAUUUGAUCUUACUUUCACAGGUUUUUGCUACAGAAGCUAGCCAUGUAUUACUAGGGAAAGAUGCAGCUGUAAAAUGUGAAAAAUGGAAGGUAGAUUGCCCAAGACAAACCACCUGUGUCAUCUAUAUGAUGAUUUGGCAGUCAAAUAUAGAGUUAGAAAUACCAAUAUGCCUGAAGAAAAAGAAGGUGGAAAAGAUGCUACAAAAAGAAAUAUCAAAAACCUGCCACGAAGAAAAUGAUAGAAAUAAAAAAUGCACAUCAAGAUGGGUACGCUGGUACUUCAACAUGUUCGACAAAAAAUGCAAAUUCUUUUUGUAUGGAGGAUGCCAGUCUAGAAACAAUAACUUUAAAUCCAAAGUCGAAUGUGAGAAUACAUGUAUAUACAAAAAUCCAGAUUUAUCAUUUAGAGUUAAAUAUCAAAAUAUUUUUUGUCCAAAAUGUAUUAAAUGUAGAAAUUAAAACAACAGUUUAAGGCCUUUUGAUGUUUUUAGUCCCCUACCAACAAAGUUUGUUUAUAUCUAUUAAAAUUCAGAUUUAAAUUUCUUUUAUGUUUUUUAUUCAUGAAAAAAAAAAUCAAAUUUUAUCUAAGUCGCCAUGAUAAAAGCCUAAAUCAUGUAAACUACAAGUAGACAGAUUUCAUUGUAACACUCUAAUUUCUAGUUAGCAUACAUCUUUCUUUUUUCGACCUCUCUCUGUCUUUCUCUAAAAAAAGGGGAGUAU